CUGUUCUAGGGAGAUACAAGGAAUCCAAUAAUAUGAAAAGGGAACAGGAUAAAAUAUUAGAAAAAUAAGAAGAUAGAAACAGAAAAUUCAAAUGGGUUGUGUGAGGAAGUUACGGGCCUGUCUGAAUUUGAGGGCAGUUGAGGGUUUGAAUACAUGGUCCUCGAAUCAUCUUCCCUUUUAAGGCCAUUACUAGCCAUUGUUCCAUCUGCAACUUUCUUGCUUGAUCACAGCUGAAGCUUUUCCUUAAUUUCCGAGUCGACUGCGAGAGAAAUGGUCCUGCGGUUUUAGAAUCCUGGAAGCGAAGCGAUUUCAUCUGCAUUGUCGAUGGCGGUCAAGAAAGAUAUGUGGAGCUACGUUGUGCCGAGCUGUUGCGGGAAAGGAACUGAGCCCAGCAAGCCCAAGAAAGUGGUGUCCAAGCAGAGUUCCUUCCAAAGGCUAUCUGUGUCGGAUUUGAGCAACCCGAGCUUGACGUUAUCGGAAGACCUUUCCAUAUCUCUUGCAGGGUCGAACCUCCAUGUGUUCACCCUCCAGGAGCUCAAGCUGAUCACCCAGAGCUUCUCGUCGAGCAACUUUCUCGGCGAAGGCGGGUUCGGGCCAGUUCACAAGGGCUUCAUCGACGACAAGCUUAGGCCUGGCUUGAAGGCCCAGCCGGUGGCGGUCAAGCUCCUGGAUUUGGACGGCUUGCAGGGUCAUAGAGAGUGGUUGACAGAAGUGAUAUUUCUCGGACAAUUGAGGCAUCCUCAUCUGGUGAAGCUGAUCGGUUACUGCUGCGAGGACGAACACCGGCUCCUAGUAUACGAAUACAUGCCUCGUGGCAGUUUAGAGAAUCAACUAUUCAGAAGAUAUUCAGUUUCACUUCCGUGGUCGGCGAGAAUGAAAAUCGCUCUAGGAGCAGCAAAGGGCCUGGCCUUCCUGCACGAAGCAGAGAAACCGGUCAUAUACCGAGACUUCAAAGCCUCAAACAUCUUACUAGACUCGGAUUAUACUGCAAAGCUCUCGGACUUUGGACUAGCGAAAGAUGGCCCGGAAGGAGACGACACUCACGUUUCGACCCGGGUCAUGGGCACCCAGGGCUAUGCAGCUCCUGAAUACAUCAUGACAGGUCAUCUGACGGCGAUGAGCGAUGUGUAUAGCUUCGGAGUAGUCCUGCUGGAGCUCCUGACGGGGAGGAAAUCCGUGGACAAAGCCCGGCCUGCCCGGGAGCAGAAGCUGGCCGAGUGGGCCAAACCGAUGCUGAGAGACCCCAGGAAGCUGGGCCGCAUAAUGGACCCAAGGCUCGAGGGGCAGUACUCGGAGGCCGGGGCGAGGAAGGCAGCCGAACUGGCGCACCAGUGCCUCAGCCACCGGCCAAAGGGGAGGCCCGCGAUGCGGACUGUGGUCGAGACCCUCGAGCCGCUCCAGGACUUCGACGACCUCCCGGUCGGCACGUUCGUGUUCACAUUCCCUACCGACGGCGAUCUGAGCAAGAAGGGCGAGGCGAGAGAGAGCGACAAGCCCAAGGAAGCAAAGAGAGAGCGCGGCCACCAUCAGCACCACAACCAAAGGCGUCACAGAAGAUCAUCUCCCAAGUCUGCGAUUCACUCAGACACUGCUCUAGGACACAGAAGCCAUAGACAUGGAUUGGGUUCGCCAUUGCACCAGAAAGGAUGAGAGGAAGAUGAUGAUUGACCGAUGUAAAUAAUCACAAGGUUGUAUUUCAAACAUGGUAUUGGAUUCCAUAGAGUUGAUUGUAGGGUUGAAUUGUAAGGUUUUCUUUUUCUUCUUUGAUGGGCUGCCUUAUUUUCGGUUACAAAGGCUUAUUUUUCCCCCCUUUCUGUUUUUAUUUUUGAUGAACAGGCUAGAAUGUUGAUUGGUUGAUUCUUUAAUACAAGUGUAAUAUACAGAGUCAAGUGAGCGAAAGGACUGAUUCAAGAAG